UCAGCUGUUUGGCCUGUGAUAUGGAUUGAGUUUCUUUCUUGUUAGCACUGUGUUACUGUCAUUUCACUCUGACAGUACAAGUCUGCUAUCAAACCAAAUUGAAUACUUAUCCACAGUGGGAGAAAUUGGGCUGGUAACAGUUACUUUGAGGUUUAUCGCAAAGCUUCAAGAGUCAAGAUGAUUGGAGGCCUUUUCAUCUACAAUCACAAAGGAGAGGUCCUAAUAUCACGGGUGUACCGUGAUGACAUUGGCAGAAAUGCAGUUGAUGCUUUCCGAGUAAAUGUCAUCCAUGCUAGGCAGCAAGUCAGAUCACCUGUUACAAACAUUGCCAGAACCUCCUUCUUCCAUGUUAAACGUGCUAAUAUUUGGGUGGCAGCUGUCACCAAACAAAAUGUCAAUGCCUCUAUGGUUUUUGAGUUUCUCUUGAAGGUUACUGACUGCAUGCAGUCAUACUUUGGUAAGGUAUCAGAGGAAAACAUCAAGAACAAUUUUGUCCUCAUUUACGAACUUUUGGAUGAGAUUCUUGAUUUUGGCUAUCCCCAAAAUACCGAUACGGGAGUGUUGAAGACGUUUAUUACUCAGCAAGGUAUUCGCACGCAAACCAAAGAAGAACAGGCCCAGAUUACCUCUCAGGUGACAGGCCAAAUCGGCUGGCGACGCGAAGGCAUCAAAUACCGGCGAAACGAACUCUUCCUUGACGUUUUGGAAUACGUCAACCUUCUAAUGUCGCCGCAGGGUCAAGUACUUUCAGCUCACGUGGCUGGCAAAGUAGUGAUGAAAUCCUACUUGUCAGGCAUGCCCGAAUGCAAGUUUGGAAUCAACGAUAAGAUUAUCAUGGAGGCCAAGGGUAAACCUACUGCGGAUGAAUCCGCUGCUCGCACUGGUAAGACAGCUAUUGUGAUUGACGACUGUCAAUUCCACCAGUGUGUCAAGUUGUCUAAAUUCGAAACGGAGCAUUCGAUUAGCUUUAUUCCCCCUGACGGAGAGUUUGAACUCAUGAGGUACCGAACGACCAAGGACAUUUCGUUACCUUUCCGAGUUAUACCGUUGGUGCGCGAAGUGGGCCGGACAAAGAUGGAAGUCAAAGUGGUUGUCAAGUCUAACUUCAAACCUUCGCUCCUGGCACAGAAAAUCGAGAUACGCAUUCCAACGCCUCUCAAUACAUCGGGCGUUCAACUUUUGUGCAUGAAAGGCAAAGCCAAGUACAAAGCUUCUGAGAACGCUAUCGUUUGGAAGAUCAAACGGAUGGGAGGUAUGAAGGAAUCACAACUUUCAGCUGAAAUUGAGCUUUUGCAAACGGACACGAAAAAGAAGUGGACUCGACCCCCCAUUUCCAUGAACUUUGAGGUUCCGUUUGCACCAUCGGGCUUUAAAGUUCGAUAUUUGAAAGUCUUUGAACCCAAGUUGAACUACUCUGAUCACGACGUCAUCAAAUGGGUUCGCUACAUCGGACGCAGUGGCCUCUACGAAACGCGUUGCUGAAGAAACGGACGAUUCAUUUUCGUUGGAAGAUGAAGAAACUCAUCUCCAAUUCUAUUUCUCCUCCACAUGAUUAACCCAUCACUUACUACUCGUCCGAAAGAAGAAAAAAAAAGAAGAAAGAUCUUUGUUAGUCUGUCUUAUACUUAGGUCGAUGUCGUUGUUGCAUCUGCUGAGCGGUGCGAGAGAGUGGAUGAAUCCUGCUAAUGGGAAAAGUAGCUCUGUCUGUUAAGUUUCUUUCAUCCAGGAUCAAAAUUCUGUUUAGUUUAAUAUUCAAAAGCUUGUACUUCUCUCAUCUACUUCUUUUCUCUUCCUUUUAUUUUUUUUUUCAUCCGUGUUGAAUGUUGAGUACGUCGUCGGAAUUCUUUUUCCUUCCCAUCUAUAUCAUUGUUAGUGCGCAGAGAGCGAAAUUAACCCCCUUCCCCCCUCCCAAAAAAAAACAAAAAAAAUAUCCACAGAAUAGUCGUCUUGACUGGAUUGCGUUGUUACUGCUUGGAUUAGCAGUUCGCGUUCUCUCUCUUUCUCUCUCUCUGUUUGUGCGCGUGAUUUAUAUGUUACAUGUUUUGAUUUACCCAGUUUUUUUUUUGUGUCUGUGCACAUUACAUUAGGGAUGAGUAACUGA